AGUUCGAAGGUGUUUUAUUAAUCACAUGACUGCUACUUGAUCUGGAUGACGUCAUGCUAAUAGACAGGUAUAUAGGAGUCUUCUUAUAUUCAUGUGAAUAACUCGAUACCUGUACUGAAUCUAUUAUAAAAUCCAACUGAGUCGGGAAAAUAGAAAGUCUUAUAACUUCCCAUUCCUAUCUCAAUGCCUGAAAAGCGGGCGCAUUCGCCGGAAAUCGAUGGAGAGACGCGUUCGACGCACCGUAGAUUGGAAAAACCUUUAUUAGCCCCAACGGUUUUUGAGGAAUUUAAAUGGACCUGCGCUGCUUUCCGAGUGAAAACCGACCCCAACAUCUACCCAAAUACCUUCCCUGCCCUCGAACCCAAUCCAUACGACAAGCACCUUGCCAAACCACUACAACUCUUAAAACUUACUCUUGACUUUGACAAAAUCGAGGAGUUUAACAAGCUCUGCUUUCGCUCCCAGCAUUGGCGCUCCGUACCCAGCGAUGCGGUACAAUGUCUUCAUGGAUCAGUCGGUUACGUAGUAGACACCAAGCCCACGAACGAAAAUGCCGUUUCCUGCUCUGCUCAGCGCAUAAUUGGUGAUUGUCUUCAUCUCGCAAACCUGCUACUUCACGGUGGUAGUAAGACUGCGUACGUGGCAGCAGUACCAGAAAGUACGUUCUCCAUCCGCACCAUCGAGACGGGUGCCGAGAGACAACAACGAGACCAUCUUCGUUGGUCAGCCGAGAAAUCGUUCUAUCUUGUCGCUGUCCAGUCAGAAGGAGACACCCGCGGCUGGAAUUGCUGUAUCACAUCUUAAAGGUGAUGUGAGUAGCCUUCUCACAGCGUCUUUGGUUUCCGCUGAUCAGUCGAGCACAGGAAAAUGUCGGGGCGUUUAUGUCAUGUGAGUUCAAGGACUCCGCGACGCUUCGACCCCCGGGUUAUACUC